ACCUUCAGGGUGGAGGUUCGCGGCCCACCGGAGACGCUGCUCCAUCUGGCCGCUCCAGCGCCCGGCGAUGAGGCCUCAGCCAGUGCCACACCCCUUCUCGCUCCUCUUCAGAGAAAAUGCAGCCCCGCGGCACUUACCCAAGCGACCAUGAGAGUGACGAAUUCGACCAAACACCGGCUUCCCGCCACCUCCUUUAAACCACCGCCUGCUGCCAGAGAUAGGCGGCGCCGCUGACUCCCCCAAAUUCCGACCGCUAGGUGCCUUAGAGCGAGGGCAAGAUGCCACCGCGCUCCUGAUUGGCUGGCUGUCUGGGGGCAACCUAUAUUGGUGACGGAAAGGGGGCGAGCGGGAAAGCUAGCUGUGGCCUGCGGGGAUUGGCGGAAGGAACCGGUACUCACUCUCUUUCCCGCGACGUAGAUGGGUGCAGAAGCGAGGCUGGACCGCCGCGGAGACACAACUCGUGAUUGGCGGCAGUUGGAAUUGAUCACACCUUUUCAGUUGUACUUCAAUCCCGAAUUAAUCUUUAAACACUUUCAAAUAUGGAGGCUAAUCACCAAUUUCUUAUUUUUUGGGCCAGUUGGAUUCAAUUUUUUAUUUAACAUGAUUUUUCUAUAUCGUUACUGUCGAAUGCUAGAAGAAGGCUCUUUCCGAGGUCGGACAGCAGACUUUGUAUUUAUGUUCCUUUUUGGUGGAUUCUUAAUGACUCUUUUUGGUUUGUUUGUGAGCUUAGUUUUCUUGGGCCAGGCCUUUACAAUAAUGCUUGUCUACGUGUGGAGCCGAAGGAACCCGUAUGUCCGCAUGAACUUCUUCGGCCUUCUCAAUUUCCAGGCCCCCUUUCUACCCUGGGUGCUCAUGGGCUUUUCCUUGUUGUUGGGGAACUCAAUCAUUGUGGACCUCUUGGGUAUUGCAGUUGGACACAUAUAUUUUUUCUUAGAAGAUGUAUUUCCCAAUCAACCAGGUGGAAUAAGAAUUUUGAAAACACCAUCUAUUCUGAAGGCUAUUUUUGAUACACCAGAUGAAGAUCCAAAUUACAAUCCACUACCUGAAGAGCGGCCAGGAGGCUUUGCCUGGGGUGAGGGCCAGCGCCUCGGCGGCUAAAGUGGCAGUGCCAAUAACGAGACCCAACUGGGAAGGACUCAGUGACAUACCCAUUGGGAUUCUUUUAUCCUUUGUGUUGCAAAAGUAUGGACACUUUUGACAGCUUGACAAGAUUUUGACUCCAGAAGCACUUUAUGAAAUGACACACUGAUUAAUCCAGAAGACAUUUCCAGCAGUUUGCCAGUGGUUCCUCACUACACUGGUACUGAAAGUGUAAUCUCUUGGAGCCAAAAAACUGGAGAAACAAAUACCCUGCUGCCUCUAAGGAACAAGUACCUGAGUACUUGAGUUCUGUGGUGACGGGCAGAGUUUUUCCUCUUCCUCCUCCUCUUUGACAGACGAGGCCAUGGUGUAAAUGGAAGUUUCAGAGAGGACAAAAUAAAACUGAAUUCCAUCUCUCUCUCACUGAAUUAAAGCUUUUGUGUGUGAUCUUUUAAAUUAUCACCAUGUCUUCUAGCUCUCCUGCAUAGGUCUGCACUCAGAGCAGUUUACGUGCCCGCUCUUCCUGUGUCUUCACGGCUUUCGACUGGAUUUCAUUUCAAGAUUGGAAAUACGUGGCUGAGACACCAUGGCUGUGUACACAACUUACUAACCCAGAAUGCCAGCUCCAGUGGGAAGAUUUGUUUCUGUUGUCCAGAUAGUUUGUUCUCCGUUUGGGUUUUACAAAACUUCAAGUUGUCAGACAGCGUGGUGGAGAAAAAGGGUAGGGUGGAUCUAGUAGCAGCAGGAAUUCUGUUGUAGGAGAGUCAGGUAGGCGCGAAGCUAAUGUACCGUCUCAUUUAUUUACUCUGCAUUUCUCUGCUCGGAAAUAUCCAGGGAAAGGCAGGUCAUGGCCACCGUUUUAGAAAACAACAGAAAGAUCUUCUUUACACCUGGGAGACAGGUUAGACUCUUAACUUGAGGUGAGCGGGUACCAGUUAGGCACGGAUACAUUUUUCCUGGGUCUUUGGCUGGUGAACAUUUAUCAUUUGCUUCAUGAAAAGCCAAGAAGCUUUCAGAGACAAGUACCUGGUGUACCUUCCCAACCAGGUAGAAACCAGACAGGUCCACAGAAGUUGGCACUUAAUGCCAGUGGUUCAAUAAGUACUUACCCAAGAUGUUCACUUCCUGGGGGCUCAGCAGGUUUACUAUCACACUGCCUAAGUAAUUCAGAGAACCGGGAGGAAUAGAAUGAAUACCCCCAGGAAAGAGAUUAAUUCAAAUCAUUCUAAUAAAUGGCAUGUAGGCCUGGGAACAUUGCCCAAAUAGUUCCAGCUUGGCUAAGUGGUUGCUUUCUAGAGUGUGAGAUUUCCCUCACAAAGAUGAACAUGAGGUUUAGAUUAAACAUAAUAAACAUCUUAAAUGGGAAUUUUCAGGUCAUUUGCGAAGUGAAAAGUAUUUUAAUAUCUUUAAAUGGAAUAUACAUAAGUAAUGGAAUUUAAUAUAAGUACUUGACAUGCUGCUAGUCAGUAACUUUGAAUAUGAUUGUUGCAAUUUUAUGGAACGUGGGUUAAUGGGACUGCUUUUUUUCCUAAGUGGCUUUAAAACUUUAAAUGCCAAUCUUAGAAUGUAUAGUUCUUACGGGAUUCUUAAAUUUUGUCUUGUCUUUGUUCAAGAAAGCUUUUAAUUAGAAGGUUGGUUUUGUUUUGUUUUGUUUUUCAUUGUUUUGGGGCUAGAAAUAGGUUUCUCUAGUUAAAUUUGUUCUCCCUUAGUUAACUUUGAGUUAUCCAAUUUAUGGAAUAUCUAUUCACUGAGUGUUCAUUUAAGUAGGGAAUGUCUAAACAUACUGAUGACUGGGUAAAACAGGAAACAUUUUGAGUUUAUGGCCUAAACGCAGUCAGUCAUGGGAUUUUGGUCUCUCCGAUUUUAUGGGAUGAGAAUUCCUAGUGGCAGGAUGCCAUGCUGUGCUACUACACUGUGUCCUAUGCAGUUGGCAUUCCAAGCACUGGCCUCUUAAUUUGAGUGGCCUGUACCACUACCACCAUCCCCGGCCCGGUGUUGCACAUCCGGAUACCUUGGCUCACCUGGACGUAAGGAAAAGUCCUCACUUCUUCCCCAGCUUACCUCUCAAUCUUGGUUCUUCCAGAACACACUUCUUUUUCUUAAUGCAAGUCAACUGAAAAGCGAGACUUGAUACAUGGAAUCUUGUGACCAAUUUAUCUGACAUACAUAGAAUUUAAAAGAUUCCUGGAUUCCACCAGUAAUACUGAA